GCGGUAGGAACUGUCGUAAAACGGAUGUGGCAGUUUCGUACGGGACCCGUCGCGCAGUGCUGUGCUUGGUGAGUGCAGAUGAAAUAAACUGGAGCCGUUUUCUACCCGCACACAGGAGCAACAUUACCACAGACAACGCACCCGUCGCGUGCCGUGGAUGAGUGGGUGUGCGCUGAAUGAAAAGGAGUUCUUUUCCUGCUGUCAGCUCCUCCUGCAGCAGUCUGAGCAUCUGAGAGAUGGCUGGAGCUGGGAGGCAGUCCAGGGUUCAGAAGAGGGCUACCUCAGGAAGACUGUUCUCAGGUCAGUCGUAGCUGACUGCUGUGAUGCACAGAAACAGAAGGAAGCUGCUUCAGUUUCCCCUAUUUUCGCUCACCCCAUCCAAGAACUGCAGCAACAGGAAAGGACGCAGCCUGUUGUUGCUACCCGUUUUCAUUCUGAUGGCAUCACAGGCGACGGCGGUGAUGAGGACGAUGCAGUCUGCGUGCUGUCUGAAGGCAGCAGCCACGUGCUUCAGUACGAGUAUCACAUCCUGUACUCUUGCAGCUACAGUGCUCCUGUGCUGUAUUUCAGAGCUUUCACCCUGGAGGGUCGGAGUCUGAUGUUAGAGGACGUGUGGAGCUCUGUUCAUCCAAACUUCAGACACUGCCUUCAGAACAGUCCUUUGACUGCAAUCACUCAACAGGAGCAUCCUCUGCUGGGUCAGCCUUUCUUUAUGCUCCACCCCUGUAGAACGGAGGAGUUCAUGAGGCCUGUGCUGCAGGAGGCUCAGGAACAGCCCAGGCCAGUGAACUAUGUGUUGUUGUGGCUCAGUGUGGUGGGUCCUGUGGUGGGUCUGGACGUCCCUCUGAAGUACUGCACCCAGCUCCAUCCGUCCUCUCCCAGCAGCAGUGAGCCUGACUAGAGCUACAGCGCUCUGCUUCAGAUUUGAUGAGCAGCGCCGUGGAGACGGGAGGCGGCUCUGUGUGCGACAUUUUGCAAGGAAGACUUGCAAAUGAGUGACAUCUCCCCCGUCCGGGGAGAGUUUGGACCAGUGUUGAGAUGCUCUUUUUCCUUUAAUUUGACCACUGUCAAAAUCAGCGUUUUGAUUAGAUACCAACUCCGUGCUUUGGAGAGAUGCCCUGUGCUAUUAAUACAUUUAAUAUUUGUGUUGAUGUAAUGUAUACGAUACAUAUUGUGCUAGAAUUUAGACUCAACUGUGCAAAAUGUAAUAAAAAUAUAAUCCUGG